AUGUCUUUUGGUCGACCACCGGACAACGUCUCAUUCGCACCUUCGCCCCCUGAACGAGGAAGCUUCCCCCUAGAUCAUGAUGGAGAAUGUAAACAUCUGAUGCAAGAAUACCUCCAAUGUCUCAAAAAGAAUUUUGGGAAUAAUGGAAACUGCAGGAAUCUAUCGAAAGCUUAUUUGAAAUGUAGGAUGGAAAAAUCCAUCUAUCUGAUGGUAACUGUUAUCAAAUAUAGGGGCCUGAUGGCUCAAGAUGAAAUGAGGAAUCUAGGAUUUCAGGACGAUGAUAAUGAGAAUGACUCCUCGAGGAAUAUAAUGAAAAAUUCCGACGAAGAACAUUAG